CCCCUACCCUUCUCUUGUCAGACAGACAUCAGUCUUUGUAUUUCCACAAUGGGUAUUCCAUAUUCCCGUGAAAUCAACGCUGCCUUCGAGCAGGUAACACCUCUCGUAGCGCAAGGCUUCCAAGUCCUGCGAACCACAAAAAACAUCUCCAUCCUUCUCGCAGUUAUCCAAGUGCUAACAGUCCUGAUCUUGGCCAUGAUUCUCUUCGCGCUUCUCGGGAUUCUGUAUUCUGUCAACCCAGAUCUCGAGGCCGAGAGGAAGGAAAUUGUUACACCAGUGUUCAGAUGGUUAGCCGGAAUCUCAUUGCGCGCACUUGUGAAGAGCAGUUUUAGUUCAUUUCUUGGCAUUUUUGUCCUCGGUACUAGCUCAUACCUUCUUUGGCCAUACGAAGGCGAAGAGGAUGAGAUAGGUCGUGCUGCGAAUUCAGAUGGGGACUUGGAUGACAAAGAGAAGAAGGAGAAGAUGAAGAAGAAAACUAAAGAUGUUGAGGAGAACAAGAAGAAGAGAUGAAGGCAAAUGAAGAGACCUGCAAAAUAUAAGAGUAACAGCAAUAUCCCCACCCCCAAACUUACUCGACAUCCUCCUCGAACAAGCCUUCGACGA